AUGGCGCGGCGCGAAAGUACUCGCCGAGGCUUUAGAGAUUGCCAAAGAUCGGAAUCCCCCACAAACACUAUCUCUUCCUACACUCCAAUCUCCCCACAACCAAGAGCUGCCCGCCGGAAUCGAGCUCCGAUUAGGUUCAACAGCCCUUCAUACACCAAUUCCCCUGUUCUACCGUUCUUUUCGGCCCAGACAAACACCUCCUUCGGUGAUAUUUUCACUGCCGUCUUGGGUUCUAAGCUAGCCAAACAGUCCACUUCCAAAAACUUACAUUCACAGAUGGAACCACUGCUUUUAUCGGAGCCAAUGAAGUCCAAUAACGUAGUGAAGAAGGCGCCGAUUACACAGACCUUUCUGGAGCCUCUAGCAUUCGAGUGUCGAGUGAGGGAGGAUCGUGAGAGACAACUGGAUAUACGAUGUCUUCGAAUAAUAAGGAAGCUGAACUGCUAUCCGGAGUAUCAGGAGAUUGUCCGACGGUUCGCCAAUGUUGAGAGCGAGAUGGAUGCCGAGGCUUUGAUGACGAGUUGUGUGAAUAAGGCUAGACUUCGUUCUUCCUGUGGUGUGCGGGCCUAUCUAAGGAAAUUUUUGCGUUUAAAGGAACCGACACACCCAUUGACUGUCAGUCAGGCGACUCUCCUCUUGUCAAGUGACUCCACACCUGAACAUAGCUGCGUUCGGGAAGUCAAUGGAUCUCCCAAUAGAUAUGAACGUAAUUUAUACAGUGCACGAAGAUUGUCAAGGAACAGCAUGAUUUUGGAACAAUCGAGUGAGAUGGAGGAGACUUGGGCGAUGGAGCGAUCGGUGAACAUGACGAACGGAUCAUCGGGAUCUGGGACGGUGGUGGUGGCAGCGGCGCCUAGAAAUUUGCCUCCGGAGACUCUCUUACGUCGCCUGGCUCGUAGCAUCUCCAUCCGCCUUGCCUACAAACGCUGCCUCCUCGAGCAGGCCAAUCAGCGUCUCACUGAACUUGACAAGGUGACCAACGUGAUUCGUAGCAUCCUUCGGAAGGCUACCGAUGAGGCGCUUCCUCAGAUGCGUAACGGGACGGAAGUCUGCUACUUCAACAUUCCGCCCAUCGCACCACCAGUGGCGGAGGUGGUGGAGAUGAAGUUGUGUCAAGUGACCUCUGACCACCCUCUGCUGCGCUCCUUCCCUCUGCCCUCAACUUUGUCGAUCCCAGCCCUGGUCUCAAAUUCAGCGGAAACGGCGUUGCCCGAAGUGACAGCGAAUUUGUUGCCGCGAUUCGACCGCCUCCUCUCUAGCCAGACCGCUGUGCUCGAACUGCUUUGCCAACUCACCCGCCGCCUCUACUGCCUCGACCGACGCAUUGCUGAGCGCAUCGCGACCGGAGCCGACACCACCACUCGUCUCGGUGACGAACAGCAACCCUGUGAACUUGACGCUAUUCUCUUUCCCCUACAGAGCCGCCGACAGCAGUUGGUGGAGCAGAUAGCCGAGGCGCAGCGACUACGCGACGACUUCGAGGGCACCAAAGUCCGCCUGCUCUCUGGGCUGCAACACCAAUUUUUUGUACUGCACGACACUUUUAUCCACUCUGAGGGCACCAAGUCUGGCGAGAAUUCGCUGGGAAGCCCUGUGGGCCAGAACCUUGAGCCUUCGUCUGAACAGUUGUGUGUCUACUGGGCAAAGGCGGAGGUUGGUCUUGGAUUGGAGAGUGGAGGCGUCAUGAGCCUCUCUGGGCGUGUUGAAAUGCAGCCUCACUGUAUUCAUUUAUUUGCUCUCGCCUCGACCCGCCUCCAAGGCAGUAUUCCCCAGACGGAUAGCAGCUGCUUUGUAGAAAAAGCCACCAGCAUUUGCCUUACUUUUUUUCAAUCCUUCCUAGCCGCCUAUGAUGCCAAAGCUGUAGGCAUAGCCGGGUGUGCCCCACCAAGCAUCAAUUCUGGCACGGAACUAGUUCAGCCUUACGGCCAGAUAAAAGAGCAGCGAAGCGUUCCUCAAGAUCCUGAAUGGUGUCAAGUGAGAGAGCCAAGACCGAGAUCUGGCUCCACCAUCCCCCUCAGCAGUUUGGUGCAAACACGAGGGGGCGUACACUUGGAGGGGGAAAGAACAGGGUUGACUGUGAUUCAUGUAGCAACUUGGUUUUCCUCCGUCGAUUCCUCGUGUCAGCUGUUGUUUCUCAUCACGCGUUUGGUCGGCAGAGAAGGAAUGGUGAAGGAGGAGGAGGAGGAAAGGAGGAGAAGGAGAGCUUCCCUAUCUGAAGGCCACGAGUGCUUCAACUCGAGUGGGCGAUCCUCACCCUCCACCCCUCCGCGAAGUGAAGUCGACAAUGUGAUUUGCCUGGCUGAAUAUGUUUCCCAACAUCUUGGCACAUACCUUCAGGCUCUUCUCAUCAAACUGCUUCUAGAAACGGAAAUAUACGACGAUCAGGAGGCAGUGGACUGUGUCGGUGAGCAUCUUCGGCUGUUGCGGAGUGGAAACUGUCAAGGCAGGGUGGUUCACUGGCAGAAUUACGACCUUCUCCAAAGUGUCUGCUCCAUCCGAAUGUCUUACAGGACCCUGGCGUCCAUCUCCUUAUUGCGUUCAAAGUCCUCGGCCGAUGUCCGUGAGUUGAACGCCUGCGCUGGCUGGCAACAUGUACGGCGACUAACAUUGUGCAAUGGGUUGUGGCUGGCACCUACUACUGCGCAUGGCACCACCGCCGUAGCAUCUUUUCAUCCAGCCUGUGAAAUUAACGGCCCAUCCUGA